AUGGACGAUUUGUUGGUAAUAGCAGUUGAUUUCAUGCUAAGUCGAGGUACUAUUAUAUUGGGAAUGAGACACAUUGUGAAUCGAAACGCUUCUUGUGGACAACAAAAGGAAGAAAUGCUUCGUCAGCUUCGUGAAAUGGCGAAGUUGGAACCAACCUUUAAUGAUGAUCAAGGAGACAUUGAACCCCUCACUGGAUUUCAAUCUCUCGUACCUGAACAAAACCUCCAAUUGGGGGAUAUAUGUUCAGGUUUUGAACAUGGUGCAGAGCCAACCUUGACUCCUUCUUAUGAGGUAAGCGCAUUUCAGUGGUGCACUGAGACUGGUGAGAUGGAAGAUCAAAAUCUUCCUUCUUCCUUAUAUGGAAGCUAUGUUGAUACAAACCGUUUGGUUCCAGACAAAGAUUCAGAUAUUGGUGACAGUUUAGGUCAUGCCAAUGGUGGUCAUGAAGGACAACCGUGUAAUCCUGUUUGUACUGAAACCUUAGAAGUCUUUCCUAAAGUUGCUGCACGGGAGUUAAACAGCCAAGACCGAGACUUUGCACUCUCCCGGUACAAGGAGAAGAAGAAAACUAGGAGGUAUGAUAAGCACAUCAGAUAUGAAUCACGGAAGGUUCGGGCAGAAAGUAGGACCAGAAUCAAGGGACGUUUUGCUAAGAUGGAUCAAUGA